AUGUCGAGCCAGCCUCUCCUCCAGACAGCCCCGGGCAAGCGCAUCGCUCUCCCCACUCGCGUGGAGCCUAAAGUCUUCUUCGCCAACGAGCGCACCUUUCUCUCAUGGCUGAACUUCACCGUUAUCCUGGGCGGCCUGGCCAUUGGGCUGCUAAACUUCGGCGACAAGGUCGGAAAGAUUAGCGCGGGCCUGUUUACCCUCGUUGCUAUGAUGGCCAUGGUCUAUGCGCUGUUCACAUUCCACUGGCGCGCGAAGAGCAUAAGGAUGAGGGGCCAGGGCGGCUUUGACGACAGGCUUGGUCCUACGAUUCUAACCCUCGCGCUGUUCGCGGCGGUGGUUGUCAACUUUGUGCUCAGGAUCACCAUGGGUGACGACAAGAAGCACUGA